CCUACCAGACGUGAAUACCCGGGCCUUGGAUACAACCUUAGCUGCCCUGGCCACACCGCACUCCCACACGUCCCAUCAACAAAGACAGUUCUCUCAAACGUAAGAACUGCGAUGCAGGUCCUUGUGUUCCUCGCCGUGGGCGUGACCGUGGCCCAGGCAAGCGCCACGCCUCCCACAGCUGGGGAGAAUAGCUGUUCAGGCCUCAAGGACAAUCGCUCCCUUCUGACCAGUCUACUGACGGCCGCAGGCUACAAUGACACUUGCGUGGCCGCCGCCCUGGACUUCUGUAGUAGUGGACAAGAGGACAGCCGCUACGCGUCCCUCAUGGAGGAGGCGAGGGAAGUGGUGCAGCAGGUGAGUGCUGCUGUAAACAAAUGGGAGUCUCGGCCGCGUCACUGCAAGGACUUACUGGACUCCGGGGACAGCGGGAGCGGCCUGCGCCAGGUAUACCCUUACCCUGGGCGACCCCACCACCGCGUGCCCGUGUUUUGUGACCACACCGUCGACGGCGGGGGAUGGACCGUCUUCCAGCGGCGCACCAGUGAUGCCGCCCGCCAAAACUUCUCCCGCACUUGGAUCGAGUAUCAGUUGGGCUUUGGUGACCUGGAGGGUGAAUUCUGGCUGGGCCUUGACCUUCUGCACCAGCUGACCUCCACCACCCUGCAGCAGCUACGAAUUGACCUGGACGAUUACGAGGGAGAACAUCGGUGGGCUAAGUAUGGAUUCUUCCACGUGGGCGCACCAGAGACCAAGUUCCGCCUCAGUCUAGGAAGUUACAGCGGCGACGCAGGGGACAGCCUUGCAUACCACAACGGCCACCCAUUCACCACCCAUGAUGUUGACAACGACAAUUGGAGUGGCAACUGUGCACAAAAAUUCCGCGGAGCUUAUUGGUAUGAUGAUUGCUCACGUUCUAAUCUGAACGGCUACCAAUAUGAAGGCAACCACACCUCCACUGACGGUGGCAUCUACUGGAAUCAAUGGAGGGGCCACCACUACUCCCUGAAGCGAACGUCCAUGAUGAUCCGCCCCGCCUUCUGAGCCGCCCUCGUGUUGGCCGUGGCCGGCACGGUGGGAGGCGUGCACACAAGCACACAACACUGUGCACAGGACGCGCUUCCAGACCACCACCACCACCACCACCACCACCACCACCACCUCUCCAAGCUCCUUCUCUGACGCUACUCUCAGCCUGAGCGCCUCUCUCUCCUACAAACCUCCGGAGUGGCUGGCCCCUCACAGCCACUCCAGAGGUUUGCGCUGCUUGCCUCCUCACACGGCCACGAGACGUGCACACCGUGCGUCCCUGCACCGGGCUGUGCCUGCUCGUAGUCACGUGACGCUGUUAGGUAUUUCAUUAUAUCCUGUGAUUUAAUUACACAGGCAGGUAGGCUCUCUCUCUCUCUCUCUCUCUCUCUCUCUCUCUCUCUCUCUCUCUCUCUCUCUCUCUCUCUCUCUCUCUCGCUCUCUCUCUCGCUCUCUCUCUCUCUCUCUCUCUCUCUCUCUCUCUCCCUCGUUCACUGUGCAGUGUAUCAUCCUUGCUGUUGACAAAUGUCAUUAACAACAAAAUAAGCCAAUAACAAAUUCAUCGUUGCCUUGA